AUGAUCACAAUUAACUGGCUUCUAGGUAUCAUAAUACCAGCUACAUUAUUAUUUAUUGAAGGUAGCUAUAUCUAUGAAGAAGAAUCAAGACUUUGUACAUGUACAACAAAGAAAAUAUGGACAGCAAUGUAUGGUAUAAUCACAGCAUUUGUCAUUCCAUUUAAUAUUGUAACAAUUAUUUAUACUACACUGGUUUGUCGUGCACGUCGAUCAACUCGUCGUGUUAGAGAUACUGGAUCAACUGUUAUUGCAGUUUCGACUAAUACAAAUAUUAAUAUUCCAAAUAUUGGACGUGAAAUAACUCUUAUAAGAAAUAUGUCAAUUUUAUUAAGUAUUAUUCUAUGUGGUGGUACGCCGUACUUAUUUCUUGUUUUUUGGCAAGCAACAACAAAGACUGAUGAUGCUUGCUUUGUUUAG